UGUGGGGGUCAGAGCGGGCCCCGGCGGGCGGUGCGUGAGUGGCGGGUUCUGCCUCCGGCCUUCUCCCGUUGUCCUCCGCAGGCCGUGUCGCCCGCCGUGGGCCAUGGGGGCCCGAGGCUGAGCUGCUCGGUCGGAGACGUGUUUGAUGACGCAGGUUUUGCUCUAUGCAUGGUGCAGAGGAAAUGAAUUCUACGAUGAGUGAGGAGCCUGAUGCCCUCUCUGUGGUUAACCAACUGCGAGACCUGGCAGCUGACCCCCUGAACAGAAGGGCCAUUGUGCAGGAUCAAGGAUGCCUGCCAGGACUUAUUCUCUUUUUGGACCAUCCCAACCCUCAGGUUGUUCAUUCAGCUUUACUAGCUCUCCGCUACUUGGCCGAGUGCCGUGCCAACAGAGAGAAGAUGAAAAGUGAACUGGGGAUGAUGCUCAGCUUACAGAAUGUAAUCCAGAAGACCACUACCCCAGGGGAGACUAAACUUUUGGCUUCUGAAGUGUACGAUCUCCUGCAGGCCUCCAGCCUGUCGGAGGCGGAGAGCGUGACGGAGCUGAACUACCGGCGGCGGAAAGCGCAGUUCUUCCUGGGCAGCACCAACAAGCGCGCCAAGACCGUGGUGCUGCACAUCGACGGCCUGGACGACUCGUCUCGAAGGAACCUCUGUGAAGAAGCCUUGCUGAAGAUCAAAGGUGUUAUCAGCUUUACCUUUCAAAUGGCUGUCCAGAGGUGUGUGGUCCGAAUUCGCUCAGACCUGAAGGCGGAGGCCCUGGCCACGGCCAUAGCAUCCACCAAAGUCAUGAAGGCUCAGCAAGUGGUGAAGAGUGAGAGUGGUGAGGAGAUGCUGGUCCCGUUCCAAGACACCCCUGUGGAAGUGGAGCAGAACACAGACCUCCCGGAGUACCUGCCCGAGGACGAAAGCCCCACGAAGGAGCAGGACAAAGCAGUGUCCCGUGUUGGGUCACACCCCGAGGGUGCAGCCAGCUGGCUCAGCACAGCAGCAAACUUCCUAUCAAGAUCUUUCUACUGGUGACUUGGGUUUGGUGUUCAGAGACUGUGUGGCUGAACCGAGAGGGGGCCAGUUUGCCAUGGCUGUGGUGGAGCUGCCAAGUGCAAUUUGCAAUAACCCAUCCCAGGAGUUUUAGGUUAAGCAAAAGUAUGCUGCAAUUUGACAUUUUAUUGGACAUUUAGCCUGAUGGCACAGGGGUCAGAGGACAGAGGCCUCCAAGCAAAUCUCUUUCAGUUGUUGUUCUGUAAGGUUUUAUUGCUUCACUUCUCAAAACUGGGUCCACUCUUCCAUACCAAAUGUCCAUAGAGCUUUAAGUUUGGCUUCACAAGGAGCACCCCUGAGGGAGAGGCUGCUUAGCUCAACUCCCAGGGCCUCUAUGGAAGAAAAUUCUGGAGAGCUCUAGUUGUGUAUUAAACAAAAUCCUCUUUUUAUUUCCUCAUCCCUUUGGGACUAACCUUCUUUUGUUUCAUUUUAUAGAUCCUGACUCCAGAUUAAAAAUGCAGUCUGCCUCUCUUUGCUUUUAUUUCCUUUAGUUUUUGCUCACUGCCUGAGCAUCACCUUCCCCUCUUUGCUCUUCAACUCAAAUCACUACAGGCUUGAACCUUAGAACCCUUCCCUCUGUACUGAAUUGUUUUCCAGCCUACCCUUAGCCAUUGGAGUGCUUAAGAUGAAGGAGUAAGGGAUUGCCUGGACACAGCUGUGUGUACAGAUGUUGUACAGUGAAUAAAGCAGCAUGUGUUUGUGAGGAUGGGUGUGAGUGCUAGAUGUGUAACUAACCAAUACCACUGACUGCUCUCCUGCUAGCUGGGGAGACUGGAGCUGAAAAGCUGUGGUGCUGAUGACCCAGUGCAGCUCUGCCUGCAGAAGAGAGGGGUGGGGGCUGUGUUUGGGUAAGAAAUGGUGUUUGCUGUUAGCAGAUGGUUAAUGGGAACUGAAACUUGAAGAAGAAAGCCGAGCUGAAUGCUUCUAUUGCCACAGUGCCACACAGAGAUUGUGACUGUAACCCCUUCUACUUUGAUUG